AUCGGAGAAGCGAAUAUUAAGAGUCAGUUCUGGUACAUCUUCCACUUCAGCAGCAACAUGAAGGUGAUCCUGUUGUUCUUGGCGCUCAUUGCUACAUCCUAUGGGAAAGACACUCCCAAACCAAAACGUAGUAUAUAUGGCGCUGCAGAACUACAGGCACUUAACAACUUAAAUUCUCUUUCUAUCAAUUCAAUUCCCAAUCGACCAGAUUUAUUAUCAACGGGCUUGAACAGCGUCGCUGCUACUCAAGGAUUGAACAUUCUGCCGUCCAAUCUUGGAAAUCCCACGCUCCUAGCCAAUCAAAUCAGCUAUGCUUCAGGAGUGCAAGGAUUGCCUUUUUCUAAUGCCAUUCAGACACCCUCUGUCCAAGACAUUAGAAUACCAAUUGCAGCUUCUCAACCAGCAGCAGUAGUACAAGUACCAGUUCCCGUUGAGAGAAGAGUGGAAGUCCAAGUUCCUGUUCCUCAACCCUACCCAGUGAUUCAAAGGGUGCCUCAUCCAGUUCCCGUGCCGGUAGAAAAAAGAGUUGAAGUUCCUGUUCGCGUUCUAGUUCCACAGCCUUAUCCGGUAGUCCAAAGAGUGGAAGUUCCGGUAGAAAGGAGAGUGGAGGUUCGCGUCCCACAACCAUAUCCUGUUGUUCAGAGAGUGCCAGUUCCACACCCUGUUCCGGUACACGUCGAAAAGCGAGUGGAAGUUCCAGUGCACGUUCCAGUUCCCCAGCCUUACCCUGUUAUUCGAAACGUACCGUAUCCUGUAGAAAAGCGAGUAGAAGUUCGAGUACCAGUACCUCAACCGUACCCAGUGGUGCAACGAGUCGCAGUACCUCACCCCGUGCCGUAUCCAGUGGAGAGAAGAGUGGAAGUUCCCGUACCUCAACCCUACCCAGUUAUUCAAAAAGUCCCAGUCCCCGUAACUGUGGAAAGGCAAGUUCCAGUACCGCAACCCUAUCCAGUCAUUCAGAAAGUUCCAGUUCCCGUUAUACAACGAGUAUCAGAACCAUACCCAGUAGCACAAGCAUACCCGGUUUCCUUAGGAGGAACCGUGGCUGUACCAGCGUCAAUAUCAAACCCAGUGCCAGUAUCGACUAAUGGAUUAUUAUCUGGUCUUCGACUUAGCACAAAUGGAGGAUGGAGUCGUUAUGGUGGCUCUUGGUAACAUCUGAGAAAAUGGGGAAUUUUGUACGUUGUAACUGAACUUAUUGAUUGUAAUUAGUUAUUAGUA